AAUAUUUUUUUUGAUAUCCUUCCUUUUUUUCUCCACAAUUUCCAGAAGUUUCCAAGGCUCACCAUCCAACAUCUAGCCAAGUAAAUAAAAUUAUAUAAAAAGACACCUACACAAAUCCAUAAAUAAAAAAUUACAUUAAGGAUCCUUCUUUCAUCCCUUCUAAUAUCUAGAACAUUCUACUCAAAAAAUAUUUAAUUCUAUUGACAAGUUCUAUUUAAGGGUCCAAAUGUCACUUCCUCAGUCCUCCUCAUCCUAAUUAGUCACCAAUUCUUCCCUAACACAUCAACAUAACUGCCAAAACCUACCUUACUACAUUGAAACAGAAGAAAAACAGAGCAUGUCAUAUUGUCCUCUAAGUAAAUUAGUCUUAAUUUAAUUUCUUGUAUUCCUUUUUGGUAACACUUUUUCCAGAUUUUUUCUAGUCUCUUCAAUUAUUUAUGCAAUCCAAAGCUUCUUUCUUUUUUCUUAAUCUUCUCUCAUUUCUUCCCCCCUUCUCUAUAAUUCAGAAUUUGAACUUUUUCAAUUAAAAUCAAUCAAAAUCUCAUCUGAGUUUGUUCCAAAUUUCUUUAAUUGAAUAAGUUUGAUCAAAUUCUCAACUGGGUUUAUGUAAAAUUUGAUUAUAUUUCAAUAAAUUUCAUCAAAUUCUUAUCUGGGUUUAGUCCAUUUUCUUUCAUUUCUUCUUCUAUUACCUUUUGUUCAUCCCCUAUUUUUCAUUAUCCAAGAUUUGAAAAAAUCAAUCAAACUCUCAUCUUUCAUCAAAUUCUCAUCUGGGUUUAGUCCAAUUUCACUUACAUUGUCACUAAAUCAUUGAUCAAAUUGAGUUGUGUCUUUGAUCAAUCAGCAAAAACUAAACAUACCACUACAAAUUUAUAAAUUUUAAGUAAAUUUCUUCAAUCAUGAACCCUUUUUAUCAAGUAAAAGAAGAGCACCCGGGUGAAGAUUUAAUCAAUUUUCCUACACCUCAGCCAAGAGAAGGAUUACAUGAAGUGGGUCCACCUCCAUUUUUAACCAAAACAUAUGAAAUGGUUGAUGAUCCAAGUACUGAUAAUAUAGUCUCAUGGAACAGAGGAGGUCAUAGCUUUGUAGUUUGGGAUCCUCAUGCUUUUGCUUCAUCUUUACUUCCAAGGAAUUUCAAGCACAAUAAUUUCUCUAGCUUUGUAAGGCAACUAAAUACUUAUGGUUUUAGAAAGAUUGAUCCAGAUAGAUGGGAAUUUGCUAAUGAAGGGUUUAUGAAAGGGCAAAAGCAACUUCUAAAGAGCAUAAGGAGAAGGAAGCAUUUAUCAAAUUCUUGUUCUUCUCAACAAGGAGUUAUAGAGCCUUGUGUAGAAUUAGGAAGAUUUGGUCUUGAUGGUGAAGUUGAUAGAUUAAAGAGAGAUAAGCAAGUAUUAAUGAUGGAAUUAGUGAAGUUAAGACAACAUCAACAAAACACAAGAGCUUACUUACAAGCUAUGGAACAAAGAUUACAAGCAACAGAGAUGAAGCAACAACAAAUGAUGAAUUUCUUAGCAAGAGCAAUGCAAAACCCUUCUUUUUUACAACAAUUAGUCCAACAAAAAGAGAGGAGAAAAGAAUUAGAAGAAGCCUUAACCAAGAAGAGAAGAAGGCCUAUUGAUCAAGGCCAAAAGAGUAACUUAUUAAGAGGGGAAUCAAGUAAUGAGAAUGUUGUAGGAAUGGGGCAUGUUAAGGUUGAGCCUAUAGACUUUGUGGAUUCUUAUAGCUAUGAUCAUCAUCAUACUCAUGGAGGGUUUUCUGAGCUCGAGGCAUUAGCACUCGAAAUGCAAGGGUUCGGUAAGGUUGGGAACGAGCAAGGGGAGGUCCAAGAUGGAAGUUUAGACCAAUUUGAUGGGGAUGAUAAAGAACUUGAUGAAGAGUUUUGGGAGGAGUUGUUGAAUGAAAGGUUUAAGGCCUUAAAUGAUCAUGGCAACUGCGAAAAUGUAGAAGAUGUUAAUGUUCUAGCAGAUAGAUUGGGUUACUUAGGUUCAGGUUCGGGUUCGGGUUCAGGUUCAAGCCCCAAUUAGAAAGAAGACCCUAAUUGGAUUCACUUCAUCUCUAUGGAGAGGGAAGAAAGUCGAGCCACCUUACUUGUUUAAAAGGGAGAUUUAAAUCUACUUUCAAAGUCUUUCAAUUCCUUGUUUUUCCAAAAAAAUUGAUUUGUUGUAGUCUUUUUGUGUUGUGGAAUGUCUGCUCUCAUAUAUAUUUAUUACGUAUUGUAGGAAUACAGGCAUUGUUCAGAUUUCAGAAUAAAGAAGUUAAAAUGAAGUUUCUUUGCACAAAUUUUGUGUAAAGAUUGGUUGAUUCAAGUUCAAAUCGAAAAGCGUUUGCUGCUACAUGUCAUCAAGAUUGAGAACAUUGAAGUUUAAUUAUUGGUUUGAAGACUUUCUAUAUUGUAUUUUCGUCCCUUUUAUUUUGCUAUAAGGAUCUGAAUUAAAUUUUUUAAUAAAGAGUUGAAAUAUAAAAUUAAAAAAUUCAAAGGAUGAAAAAACUAAAAUAAAAUUAAGAGAGAAAACGUAUUAGUAUGAAAGAUAGUGAGCACUAUUUAAAUUAGAAUUGUGACAAUAUAAAAAGAAUUACUUAAAAUGAUAAGUGUAGCAAAAUAAAGGAAUCGAAGGGAUAAUCGAAAUUCUAAUUUGAAGUUUUAUUUUGCUUUUGGACGGAGUUCUUGGCAAGCAAUUAUCCUUGAAUUCUUGACAAGUAAUUAUCAUGAAUAAUUCUUAAUUAUGCAAAAUAUAUUUACAUUUUUUUGUGUUUUUUUAUAAAACAUAUUUGAUCAAGAGUUUUGGCAAUGUUAAUUUAGAAGUUAUAGGCUAUUUAUAGUUAAAAAGGACAUUAGUUGUAAGUAGUAGUAUAAUUUGUUAUGAAUGGUAUGUGUGACUUGAGUGCACAAUUGAAGUGUGUAUUCAUGUGUGUGACUCUUGAUUUGUGGAAUCCAAAAGGGUGUAAUUAUGUGGAGAGUAUUCAUGGGAAUUAUUGGUGUUAAUGAAGAUUAAUGAAGAAGAAGAAAUGACUUGUUUUUGGUAGCUCGAUCAGAAUUCUGACAGAAGAAGCAGAAUGGUCGCUUGACUACUCGCUCAACCGAGCGAGCCUUAUUGAUCGGUCGAGCGGUCAGACAGAAUGAUCCAGAAUGCAGCUGAUGCUCGCUCGACCGAGCGAGCUCUCUGUUUCGGUCGAGCGGAUCCUCUGAUGUGUAUGGAAUGCUGUUUUUCGACCUUUCAAGUUCUUGGAGUUAUUUCAUAUUAUUCAUUACUCUAUAUUAAUACUAUAUUCAAGUGAGCUAUUGACAUUCGUGUACCUAGUACUAUAUAUAGAGCUCUCAUACUCACACAUCAAACACAUCAAACACAACCCCUAAGCCAAACACAGCAUUUUGUUUUUAUCUCUUACUCAUUUGUAAUUCUUCAUUUAGAAGUGUUGUUUAUACUCUUUUGAUAUAAUAUAAACAGAAACUACACACCACAGAGUACGUAGCCAUCAUUGGGUGAACCUCCUUAAA